GAACAUGACAAGACAUAUUUCCGAGAUCUGACUCUGAGUAUUCAGUAUUCGGACCAAAGAAAACAUAUACAAAGGCAGAGACGAGGAACAGCAUGGAUCAACCAGCAGUCUUCCACUACAAAGACAAAGAGCAGUCCUCCAACCUGCUCUUGCAGCUCAAUGGACUGAGACAGGAAAACAUCCUGACAGAUGUGUUACUGUGCUCAGAAAACGCAGAGAUCCCAUGCCAUCGUAAUGUCCUGGUCUCUAGCAGCCCUUACUUCAGAGCCAUGUUCUGCCACAACUUCAGAGAAAGACAGCUGACCAAGGUUGACUUAAAGGACAUCUCCUCAACCAUUCUGAGAAAUAUCAUUGACUAUAUUUACACUGGACUCAUUAGCAUUAGCAUUGACAUUGUGCUGCCUCUGAUGCAGGCAGCAUCCAUGUUUCAAUAUGGCCGCCUCUUUGAGGCCUGUUCACAUUUCCUUCAGGAUCAGAUGAGUCCAGAUAAUUGUUUGAGUAUGAUAAGACUCUCUGAGAUCAUGAAUUGCAGCAGUUUGCAAAACAAGGCAAAGGAGAUGGCUAUGCAGAGCUUCUCAGAUGUGUCAGUGUCUGAGGAUCUGUGUGAGCUCUCCUUACCUGAGCUCAUGGGAUACCUGGAGGAUGAUGGACUCUGUGCGGAGGAGGAACAGGUCUUUGAGACACUCGUUGCCUGGAUCCACUAUGAUCCUGUGUCAAGACGUGGCACCAUUAGCGACCUUUUCAAGAAAGUUCGCCUUCGGCACAUCCACCCAACGUACCUCUUCCAGUUCAUAGCCAACGAUCCUCUGAUCCAGUCCUCCACCCUCUGCACAGAGCUCAUCGACUCUGUGAGACGCCUCAUGUUCUCCGUCAACACCAAAGGCAUCGGCGACACAGCAGUAGACUUCAAACCACUGUGGGUGGCACCAAGGCGAUACACCUACAGUGAUAUGCUGGUGCUGGUGGGAGGGAGAAAGAACAAUCAGCAGACCUCACGGGAGGCCCUUGUCUUCGAUGAGAACAGCCAGAAAUGGCAGCGGCUUGCCAAGCUGCCCAUUCGUCUAUACCAGGCCUCUCAUGUUGCCCUUCACAGUGUCCUGUACGUUAUGGGAGGCCUGACGACAAACACAAAGCAUAGUCAAGUCAGCACAGCGGUCUACACACUGUCCCUCAAGACCAACCAGUGGCGAACAGUAGAGCCCAUGCUGGAGCCCCGCUUUGCCCACCAGAGUGUCUCCUACCUCCACUUCAUCUUUGUCCUGGGCGGCCUUGGCCCUGACCGACAUGUGACAGACAGUGUAGAGAGGUACAACAGUAUGUUCAACCAGUGGGAGACUGUGGCAGCCAUGCCAGAGGCUGUGCUGCACCCAGCAGUGGCUGCUACUAACCAGAGGAUCUAUAUGUUUGGAGGAGAAGAUGCCAUGCAGAAUCCUGUCAGAGCAAUACAAGUAUAUCACAUUGCUAGGAACAUGUGGUGUAAGAUGGAGAACAGAACCGUGAAGAAUGUGUCUGCUCCAGCUGCUGUUAUGGGUGACAAAAUCUACAUCAUUGGAGGAUACACCAGGAGAGUGAUCGCAUAUGACACCAAGGCCAAUCGGUUCAUCAAGUGUGCCAACCUGAAGGAGAGGAGAAUGCACCAUUCUGCAACUGUUCUCAAUAACACACUCUAUGUCACAGGCGGACGUCUCAUCAACAGUCAUGACAUCAUAGAGGACUCGGACAAUUUCGAGUGCUACGACGCAAAGACAGACACUUGGACGUCUAAGGGAACUCUGCCCUAUAAAGUGUUUGACCACGGUUUCCUGACUCUGACAUGUGUCUCACAGACAUGGGCCAAGGCAUAGCUGAGGCAGAUUUGACCGGACUUUAUGUUGCAAUUGAUGUUUAGUCAGUGUUUCAAAGUUUCAGUUACGUAAAUGAGUUUGAAAACUGUCAAUUAAAAUGUUUAUGCAUGCAUUUAUGCACAAAAGAUAUUCCAAUUACCUUUAUGUAGUUGUUCUGCACACUAAUAGCAGUCAUUUGUAAUACUUUUAUAUACAUUUCUAAAUUUAGUUAACCCUUGGUGCUGUGGGAAUGAUACAUAACUCCUUAUAUGGACAUCCUGGGGGUGUGUGUGUUUAUAGCUCACAUAUUCAGGCAUUAAAAAAAUGUGUAUUGUUG